UUUCAGCAAAUGUAUUAAUUAUUAAUUGGUAUUCAUUUUUUAGUGUUGCUUUGAUAUUUAUUUCACUACUCAAUAUUUUGAAAAACGUAAUGUCUACUGAACCCAACACAUUAACAAAUGUCGCUGAAAGAUUGGGGAUACAAGAUGAAAUAACUUUAAAAAAAGCAAAGGAGUUCAUUAGAGCAUAUCAUAGUAAGGGAUCAAUAAAGUCUUUAAAUGAUCAGGCAAAAACUGUUUUGUGUUUAGAUUUGGCCACAUCUUAUUCUGGAACAGGUUUUGAUAAAGAAACAGCAAUUAGACUAUCUGGCUUGAAGAAAUCUGGUUACCAAAACAACUUACAUACCGUAGAAAAGAUAUUGGAACUCGACAAGCAAAUAACAGUAUCAGAGCUAUGCGUUCAGUUAAGUUGUACAGUUAUAAAAGAUCUUGCUGAAGAAAUUUUAUCAAAAUACAAAGAUUACAGCAAGAUGAUACACAUAAGUCAUCCCCAAUACGUGGCAGCAGCUGUCAAUGCAGCAUGCAAGCUUAAGAAUAUAAAAAUUCAGAAAACACAGUUGAUAGUUGCAAGUCACUUAAAGCCAGCACAAUGGAAAGAAUUAAGUAACAAGUUUGACAAAUUCGUUAGCACGUAUGGAAUUGGUUCACCAAAGAAGCACAAGAAAGAUGGUGAUAUAAAUAAGGUAGUUAACGAAAUGGCGAACGAAAUAGAAAAUAAAGUAUUACUGAAUAAGAAAGAGAACGAGGAUGAAGAGGUGGAGGAUUAUGAAGUUUGGAAAAAAAGGAUAUUGGAUGAAGCAUAUGAAGCCUUAAGAGAAGCAGGGAAGAGCACAAAUAUAUAAAGAAAUUAAAAAGAAAAUCA